AUGCACGCUAAGCAGACGCUACUAAUCAGAAUUUGCAGUCCCGCCUGCACUGAGCUUGAAGUGGUGGUCAUGGACUGGCUGGCCAAGUUCCUGAAGCUAUCCGAACACUUCCAGCAUGCCAGCGACGGACCUGGCGGUGGUGUGAUUCAAGGCUCGGCGAGUGAAGCAGUGCUGGUAGCUGUUCUGGCCGCUCGGGAGCAGGCCGUGAUCAGCUGCAAGGAGACGCAUCCCGAACUAAGCGAGAGCGAGGUCCGAGGCAAGUUAAUCGCCUACUCAUCCGACCAGAGCAACAGUUGCAUCGAGAAGGCGGGAGUACUGGCGGCCAUGCCCAUUAAGUUGCUGCCGGCCGACGACGAUCUGAUCCUGCGUGGCAAUACGCUGAGGAAGGCAAUCGAAGACGAUGUGGCAGCUGGACUGAUACCGGUCAUAUGUAUUGCCACCUUGGGCACCACAGGGACGUGCGCCUACGACGACAUCGAUUCGCUAGCCGAUGUCUGUCAAGCCUUGAAUGUGUGGCUGCACGUGGAUGCAGCAUAUGCAGGGGGCGGCUUUGCUCUUGAAGAGUGCACGGAACUGCGCAGGGGACUAGAUCGCGUGGACUCGCUGAAUUUCAACCUGCACAAGUUCAUGCUGGUUAAUUUUGACUGCUCGGCUAUGUGGCUGAAGGACGCAAACAAGGUAGUGGACAGCUUCAAUGUAGAUCGCAUUUACCUGAAGCACAAGCACGAGGGCCAAUCUCAGAUUCCGGACUUUCGCCACUGGCAGAUCCCCCUGGGCCGCCGUUUCCGUGCCCUCAAGGUGUGGAUUACUUUCCGCACGCUGGGCGCCGAGGGACUGCGCAGCCAUGUGCGUAAGCACAUCGCGCUGGCGCAACAAUUCGAGGCAUUUGUGAGGAACGACUCGCGUUUCGAAAUGGUUGCCCCCCAAGCACUGGGAUUGGUCUGCUUUCGUCCUAGAGGUGACAAUGAACACACCGCUCAGCUUCUUCAGCGACUCAUGGAGCGCAAAAAGAUCUACAUGGUGAAGGCGGAGCAUGCUGGACGCCAGUUCCUCAGAUUCGCCGUUUGCGGUAUGGAUGCAAAGCCCUCCGACAUUGAGUUUGCCUGGACAGAGAUCGAGACGCAGCUAACGGCCCUGCUGGCUGAGAAAUCGCUGGCUGCUCGGAAACCUAGCAAUGUCUCCGAGCUGACGCAGCACUUUCAGAUGCAUCUGGCCAGUGAUAGCGGGACCCACGAGAAGUCGCAGUGACGGAAAUAGCGCCCGAUUUAUAUACAAUUGAACUAUUUAUGUUUAGGAUGUCCUUAAGUUGUUUUGUAGAUGUUAGAAAUAAAUUCAAUUUAAAUCUGAAAAAA